GAGGACAGAUCAAUGUGAAUUCCUUCAUUCACCACUCACUGCAGCGCACCUCCCCAUAGCAACCUUUUUUGAAUGGCUCGAGUAAUAGUCAAUGCUUGGCUUCUGCUGGUGCUCUUCUGCUGCUUAGCCAAUGCCCAGGGCUGGAGGAAUUGGUUUUGGAGAGAUUCAGGAGAAACCACCCUGUCUCCCACGAAAGCUGACGAGGCUGAAGAUGAGACGAGCCAGGACCUUUCCACACCUGCAGCUACCACCAACCCAAAUGCCCUCUUUGAAAAUACUACUGAUCCUGAGCCCAGGGGGAAAGUGGGGACCAUAUUUACCCUGAAGCAACCAGACUUUACUGCAACCUUACCAGUCCCUGCAGCAACAUCUCCUUUGCAGGAAGAAGGCAGAGAAAGAAAUAUUACAGGAGUGGGAGUGGAGAUCCUCAGCGUGGCUGAAGGCAUUCAGAAUUUGGUUCAGCUUUUGGAUGAAAAGACAACCAACAGGACAGAGAGGACCAAGGUACCUGCCACAGCUGAGACCAGCACGUCACCUGCCCCUGUUACAGAGCCAGGGAGUAUCCACAACAUUACUGCUAACUUAACAGGCGACAUACAGACCUCCCUGGAAACUAAGAAGCCAGAGGGGGGGGCAACAAAGCUCGCUCGUCUGUGGAACAAAGACUUUGCUCUUCUGUGGAACAAGACACGCGUCUUCCCGAAGAAACCUGGGAAGCCACGGCAAGGUAGUGCUUCUUUCUCAUUUUCACCUGAUGGUCAUUUCAGUGGCACCAUGUUGGUUUUUCAAGAACCUUCAGAAGCGGGGCAAGAAGUUGCUUUCACCCCAGCAACAAGGGCAACCUGGGGCAUUUUCUCAAAAAAACAAGAGAUUUUGCCCACUGCAAAAGCUUUGAAAUUGCAGGAAUCCCACACCAAUAGCAGCAGCAGUGGCAGGAGCGGCGGCAGCAGCAGCAGCUUGCAUGCAGGAAUGCCGUCCAAGGUGGUGGGUACUUUAGACAACUGGGUGCUGCCUUAUGUUACCAAUCCCAGCCAGCCUGCCUCCAAAGGCAGUGGAGCACACCUCAGCUUUAAAAGCCACCCCUUCUUUAAACAUUUUGGGAUAGGAGUAGCUCAUGCAAAAACAAACCAUUCUAGAGGUUCAGUCUCUAACUCCAAUGCAACUAAUGUUAUGGAUUUCCCCCCUGCCAAUAACUCUGACUCUCUUGAGUUCCUACUAACCUACGCUGUGCAACGUAGCAAUAGCAGUUCAGGGCUUCCUUCCUUCUUACCUGGAUUGACUCCAUCAGCUGGCCGGUGCUUGCCCUUACCGACCAAGUUGUCGUAUUGCAACCACCUGGGCACGAAGCAUUUCCGAGUGCCGAAUUAUUUGCACCACGGCAGCAAGGAGGAAGUUUGGGCUGCUUUGCAUGAGUGGGAGGGGCUUCUUAAAUCUCGGUGUCACCGCUACUUGGAGUGGUUUCUCUGCUUGCUACUGGUACCUGGGUGCAAUGCUUCUCUCCCGGUCACACCACCGCCCUGCCGGGGAUUUUGUGAGGCCCUGAAAGAUCUGUGUUGGACUCACUGGAAAGAGGGGCACCUUCCAAUAUCCUGUGAAUCUCUCCCAGAGGAGGACGGUCCAUAUUCAUGUGUAUUUGUAAAUGUUUCAGCAGAAAAUAUCAGCAGAGAAGUUGGUCUCUUAGAGUUGAUUGGAGAUCCUCCACCAGACCAGAUAACCAAAAUCUAUGGCCCAGACAAAAGUCCUGCCUACGUGUUUAGACCGGAUGCCAACGCAGGACAAGUGGCACGGUACCACCUCCCAAGCCCCUUUUACAGAGACUUCUCGCUCUUGUUCUACAUUCAAGCCACUUCAGACAACGCAGGGGUGCUUUUUGCUCUUACGGAUGCCUCCCAGUCAAUCAUCUACGUUGGUGUGAAGCUUUCUGAGGUGAAAGAUGGAAAACAGCAAAUCAUAUUCUACUAUACGGAGCCUGAUUCUCAAAAUUCCAACGUUGCAGCCACAUUUACUGUCCCUUCCCUGGUCAAUCUGUGGACUCGCUUUGCCCUCAGUGUGCGGGAUUACAAUGUGGUGCUUUAUAUGGACUGUGAAGAAUUUAAGAUGGUUCAUCUUGAGAGGUCAUCCGGUAAGAUAGAGCUGGAAGAAGGAGCAGGACUUUUUGUGGGACAAGCCGGAGGUGCAGAUCCUGAUAAAUACCAGGGCAUCAUUGUAGAAUUAAAAAUAAAAGAUAAUCCCUGGGCUGCUGGUUACCAGUGUGUUGAAGAAGAUGAUGACUGUGAUACGUGUGGUGGCAGUGGAAGUGGAUUAGACAUAAAGCAAUCAUCUUCCGAAAAGGAAAGCGUGAUUCCUCUGUUACCAAAACUGCCAGUGCCCCCACCUGUUACUUCCCCUGACCUUGCCAAAAAACCUGUGCAAUUAGAGGAGGCUGAAUAUACUGCGAGUCCACAUGUUCCUGCAAGUGGAACCAAAGGUGAAAAGGGAGACCCUGGAGAGAAAGGGGACCGUGGCCCCAAAGGAGAUCCUGGGGCUGGUGUUUUGUCAACCAAUGGUGAUAAAGGAGAAAAGGGAGAAAAGGGGGAGCUGGGUGUAAAGGGAAGUGCAGGCUUUGGAUAUCCAGGCUCUAAAGGACAGAAAGGUGAGCCUGGUAUUCAAGGGCUUCCUGGUCCAAUUGGGCCCCCAGGACCUCCUGGAACCAUCAUGAAGCACUCUGAUGGCUCUACUGUUCAGCAACCAGGAGCCCCACUAGGACCUCCUGGAAAAGAUGGUCAACCUGGAAAGGAUGGAGAGCCUGGGGAUCCCGGUGAAGAUGGUAAACCAGGUGAUGUUGGUCCCCAAGGAUUCCCUGGAACUCCGGGUGAGCCUGGCCUGAGAGGCGAAAAGGGAGAACCAGGUAUUGGUGCAAGAGGUCCUCCUGGGGCCCCAGGCCCACCUGGGAAACCUGGACUGAGUUCCAAAUUGGAUAAGUUGACAUUUAUUGAUAUGGAGGGGUCUGGUUUUGGAAGUGAGUUGGAGACUUUGCGAGGUCCCAGAGGAUCACCUGGGCCUCCAGGCCCUCCUGGUGUACCUGGUUUACCAGGACAACCUGGAAGAUUUGGGACAAAUGGCACUGACUUUCCAGGACCCCCAGGCCUCCCUGGAGUUCCAGGGAGAAAUGGCGACUCAGGAAUAGCAGGACCUCCGGGCCCAUCUGGGCCUCCAGGAAAAGAUGGCAUCCCUGGUAAACCUGGAGAAAAAGGAGCACCGGGAGAAUCAGGUGAAGUGGGCUUCCCUGGAGCACCUGGACCAAAGGGCAACCCAGGAGUGCCAGGAUCGCCAGGAGUACCAGGUGAACUUGGUCUGGCGGGCCUUCCUGGGCCGAUGGGACCACGUGGAUUGCCAGGGCCCCCUGGGCCGGGCAUUGCGGCAGAAUUUGUCGACAUGGAGGGCUCAGGAUUCCCCCUUGUUUCUGGUGGUCCUGGAACUCGUGGGCCAGAAGGUCCUCCGGGGCUUCCAGGACUCCCAGGACUUCCGGGGCCUCCAGGACCCAAGGGAGAUGAGGGCAUCAUUGGUCUCCCAGGUUUGCCAGGCGAAAAAGGAUAUCCUGGCUUGCCAGGAUUAGAUGGUCGCCCUGGAUUAGAAGGUUUCCCAGGACCACAAGGACAAAAGGGAGAAGAAGGAAACCCAGGGCCUAAAGGUGAAAAGGGUCAAGAUGGAAUAGGACUUCCUGGUCCUCCAGGUCCUCCAGGACAAGCCGUAUACCUGUCUAGUGAAGAUAAAACUGUGCCUGUUUUGCCAGGCCCAGAGGGCCCAAAGGGACCAAAAGGUGACUCAGGAACUCCAGGUUUACAAGGCUAUCCCGGACUUAAGGGUGAAAAAGGAGAGCCAGGAGUUAUAUCUAGGUCUGAUGGAACAAUAAUAGCAGCUGAAGCAAAAGCAGAAAAGGGUGAAACAGGCCCAAGGGGACCUAUGGGACCAGCAGGGUCACCUGGGCGAUAUGGACGGAAGGGAGAAAUUGGCUUUCCUGGAAGACCUGGCCGGCCUGGUAUGAAUGGACUGAAGGGAGAAAAAGGUGAUCCAGCAGACGUAAGCGGAGCGCUGGGCUUAAGAGAGGGUCGUCCUGGCCCCCCUGGGCCUCCAGGCCCCCCAGGCCCCCCAGGUAGCACAGUACCUGUUUAUGAGAAUAAUGCAUUUGGUGAUUUGGGCCCUCCAGGACCUCCAGGAUUGCCUGGGUACCAUGGUCAGAAGGGAGAAAAAGGUGAACAGGGUCUUCCAGGUCCACCAGGCCAGUUCCCUUAUGACCUCAGCAGAUUCAGCUCCACCUUCAGGGGAGAAAGAGGGGACAAAGGUGAUCAUGGGAUGAAAGGUGAAAAGGGUGAACCAGGUGGUGGAUCAAGUGCUGCUGGACCUCCUGGUCCCCAAGGGUAUCCUGGUCUUCCGGGCCCUAAAGGUGAGAGUAUCAGGGGCCUACCUGGCCCUCCAGGCCCCCAAGGACCUCCAGGGGCAAGUUUUGAAGGACGUCCCGGCCCUCAAGGCGCUCCUGGCCCUCCUGGCCCUCCGGGACCCCCUUCUUUCCCAGGUCCCCACAGGCAACAUAUCAGUAUUCCAGGACCGCCAGGUCCUCCAGGACCACCAGGACCUCCAGGCGUUAGUGACCCACCUUCUUUGGGGGUACGGAUUUUAGCAACGUACCAGAACCUGAUGAGCAGAGCUCAUGAGGUUCCUGAAGGGCAGCUCCUGUUCAUCCGAGAGAGAGAAGAGCUCUACAUCCGUGUCCACAACGGCAUCAGAAAAAUCCUUCUGGAGGAAAGAAUAUCCAUUCCUGGCUCUGGACUGGACAAUGAAGUCUAUGAAAGGUCUUCCAGCAUCCACUACUCUCAUGGAGGGACAGCCUCCUCUGGAUCCCAUCGUCCAUUUCAGCCACACUUACCAGUACAUGCACGUCCAGAAUAUAGUGCUUAUUCUACUGCCAAGCCAUGGAGAGGGGACGAGAGUGCUGUCGACUCACGCCGCCUUCCUGAGCAACCUGCCGUCCACCCACCUCACAAGGGGGCACAAUCUCAGCAAGAAUCCUUGGACCAUUUCUUUCCCAACAACCGCCAGCCUGAGACGGCUCCUUUGGUAGUUCACACACAUCACGACUUCCAGCCUGCUCUGCAUCUUAUAGCCCUGAAUGGUCCCCAGAGCGGCAGCAUGCGAGGCAUCCGAGGAGCUGAUUUCCAGUGUUUCCAGCAAGCUCGGCAGGUUGGACUGUCUGGCACUUUCCGAGCAUUCCUGUCCUCUCGGCUGCAAGAUCUCUACACCAUAGUGCGCAGAGCAGACAGGAGUACGGUGCCAAUUGUCAAUCUCAGGGAUGAAGUGUUGUUUAAUAACUGGGAGGGCCUCUUCUCAGGCGCUGAAGCUCCAUUCAGAACUGGGGUUCGCAUCCUCUCCUUUGAUGGAAGGGAUGUCCUGAGAGACUCUGCAUGGCCUCAGAAGUAUGUGUGGCAUGGCUCCGAUUCCAAGGGACGGCGACUAACAGAGAGCUACUGUGAGACAUGGCGGACAGAUGACACCGUGGUGACUGGCCAGGCUUCCUCGCUGGCAUCAGGCAAGCUGCUCGAACAGAAGAGCAACAGCUGCAGAAACGCCUUUGUCGUCCUAUGCAUCGAAAACAGCUUCAUGACCUCUUCCAAGAAAUAGAACCCCUGAAUGUGCUGAUUGCAAGUGGAGGCCGGGAGUCCAAAUGUUCCCCCUUCUGCAAUGGGGAGCAGGCAGGGGAUUCCUCCCCCUCCACCGUCAAUCAGGACAAUGCGUCCAGCCAGUUUCAUAAUAUAGCAACCAAGCAGAUAAAUGAACAAGAAAGCCAAAGAGAGUCUGCCUAUGAUUUCCAGCACAGAUGGAUGCUGUUGUUUUUUUG